UACAGAGUUACCUGCAAGAGAGCAGGAGGAAAUAGGCAGGAGACUAGGGGGGCCAGUUCCAAACCAUAGAGAUGAGAAGGGACUGGAGCUAGAGCGGAGAGGCGCUGACUCCAGAGGAAGGCGGGGAAUCCAAUUAGAGCACAGAGCUGGGGAAGGACCUAGGCUAGAAUAUACCCGAUGGGAAACGAAAUGAUGGACGCAGCCAUGUUACCAUAGAGAUCUAGCUGUUGCUAGACAGGCUAGGAGGUCUAAUGACCUUAGAGUAGUCGGAGGGUCAGUGUCCCACCACGGCGGGAGGAGGGGGUGUAGGGGCUCAGACCCAGAGGGUGCAGGGGAGGGAGAGAGGCCCCUGGGUCACCUGCCUCAGGUUGGGAUCCCGCAGGGCUUCGGGGACAGCAGGGAUGAGAGCAGCUGGGAGAGUGUGGGGUUGGGGUGAUCGCAGUGGGGCCUGUCAGGUAACAAGGGCUGUGGGAGACACGGGGUGGGGUCUGUCAGGCGGUGGGGUGACAAGGGCUGUGGAGGUUCCAGGGGUGGGGGAUGAUCACAGUGGGGGCCAGCAGACAGUGGGGCUGUGCUGUUAUUUGCAGUAUGCCUCCAGAGUCCCCUGUACCUGGAGCAGGAACAGGACAGGAGCAGAGUUGCCAGAACCCAGGCACAGCCUGGCUCCGCCAACCACUCUCUCCAUUUGACCCCAGGCAGCACCUCCCGCCAUAAGCCCUUGGGAGAAGUGGCAGCACCACAGUGUGGGACCUGGGACUGACCCUACAGCCAGUGGGGCUGGAGCGGGCCCUGCCCGAUCGCUCCCCAAACACAUCACAAAAACGUGCCCUCCCCUGGCUGCCAGUCUUACCACCUGCCCGCCACUUACGAACGCCCUGGGCUCAGUGUCCCUGUGGCAGUGCCUGUCUCUGCUGCUGCCGAUUUUACAGGGAAAGGGGCGUCUGCCUCUGAGCCAGUGACGGUCUGAGCCUCCUGCUAAACAGAGUCAGGCAGCUCGUCCUAGGCAGUGUGUGUGCCCAGUUUGUCACACCCCACCACCAUAUUAUACAUGGGGAAAUUGAGGCACAAAACGAGGCAGGGACUUGCCCAAGCUCAGAAUCAGGACAGAACCCAGCUCUCCUGACUCCCAGUUCCUGGCUCUACCCGCUAGAGCACGUAGCUUUUGCCUUUAGAAGGGAGGCAGCAGCACAGUUGAGCCUGAGAUGCCAGGGGAGGCAAGGAACAGCUGCAGGAGAGCCACCCAGGGCCUGGAUUAGGCUGUGCUGCCCUGGGAGAGGGGCUGUGCCAAGGGCGGUGACACAAAGAGCGGGACAGACGGGGACUGAGCCCAGAACCAGCCCGCCCCAAGGAGCAGCCAGCAGAGAUGGAGGCACAGGAAGGCACCCCUCGCCCCAAGCCAGCAGCAGAGGUCCCCGGGGCCACGGCUAAGGAGACUGAAGGGGUGGCUGGGACUGGAGCCAAGGAGGUGGCUCGGGGUGGGGAUGGGCUGGGGGAGAAGGGGAGAGCUGGUGAUGCUGGGAGCGAUGCUAAGGAGGGUGGUGAGGCUGGGGGAGCAGGGGAUUCUGGGAGAGAUGCUAAGGAGGGCGGUGAGGCCGGGGGAGCAGGGGAUUCUGGGAGCGAUGCUAAGGAGGGUGGUGAGACAGGGGGAGCAGGGGAUUCUGGGAGAGAUGCUAAGGAGGGAAAUGAGGCCGGGGGAGCAGGGGAUGCUGGGAGUGAUGCCAAGGGGGAUGGUGAGGCCGGGGCAGCAGGGGAUUCUGGGAGUGAUGCUAAGGGGGGCGGUGAGGCUGGGGGAGCAGGGGAUUCUGGGAGCGAUGCUAAGGGGGGCGGUGACAGGGGAGCAGGGGAUUCUGGGAGUGAUGCUAAGGGGGGCGGUGAGACAGGGGGAGCAGGGGAUUCUGGGGCUGGAGCACAGGAGAGGGAAGACAGAGGGCAGGGGGCUGGGGCAGAGGAAAGGGAGGCAGUAGGUGGGUCUGGGCCUGAGCCGCAGGAUGGGGCUGGAGGGGCCGAGCCAGAGACGCAAGGGACUGAAGCCGAGGAGGCCAGCAGUGCCAUGGCCAGAGAGGGGCAUGGUGGGAGCACCUCAGAGGAGUCGCUGUCCCCAGAGAUGGGGGGCGAGGAGAAGGCGUGGGGUGAGCCUGCACCCAGCUCCCCCGACGAGGGGCUGGCCAGCCCCACAGGGGACGCUGCCUUUGGGAAGGAGACUGGGGCCUCCCAGCCGGGAGGCACCUCCCAAGGCCGAGAAGCCACUCCAGGUGGCAGCGCCAGCACUGGAGGGACAGCCCACCAGGACAGUGCGCAGAGCCCUGCACCUGAAGGAGCUGCGCCCCCCAAGGAGAAGCCAAAGAGACCAGCGCUGGAUCGGAGGGAGCUGACCCGACCCCGCCUGGCACCCAGGGCCCAGUCCCGCAAGGCCCUUGUGGAAAAAUUUGGGGGGGCAGCCAGCGGCCCUGCCCCCAACAUCAAGAAGACUGGAGGUGCCAAUGCCAUCAAGAACAUGCUGCUGGAGUGGUGUCGUGCCAAGACGCGUGGCUAUGAGCAUGUGGACAUCCAGAACUUCUCCUCCAGCUGGAGUAGUGGCUUGGCCUUCUGUGCCCUCAUCCACAAGUUCUUCCCUGAUGCCUUCGACUACACAGCCCUCGACCCAGCCAACCGCAGGGAGAACUUUGCUCUGGCUUUUGCCACUGCUGAGCAGCAUGCUGACUGCGCCCCACUGCUGGAGGUGGAGGACAUGGUGCGCAUGAGCUUCCCGGAUUCCAAGUGUGUCUACACCUACAUCCAGGAGUUGUACCGCAGCCUUGUGGACAAGGGGCUGGUGAAGACCAAGAAGAAAUAGGUCUGUCCUGGAGCUCUCCUCAAAUGUGGCAUCUCUUCCACUGGUAACCCUCCACAGCCAUCUCCUGCCUGCCCCCUUCCCAGUGCUGCAGGAGCCCCCGGCUCAAGCGUGCACGAGAGACCCUGGCAGAUCCAGUAAAGCAGAACUGCUCCAAGCUCAGGCAGACCCGGGCAGUUUCUUGUGGUUCGCUCGGGAAGGUCAAGGGCUCCAUCAGCGUGGGCCACAUUCCUUGGCCAGGGCGCGACAGCUGUGGCUGGGGCUGCAGCCCAGUCAGGAGCGAUGCCCAUCAGCAACAGGAAGUCACCUCUGCCCCCUGCCAACGCCAGAUGAGCACAUUUCACCAUAGGGCUGGGGCCAGCGCCCCUCAUGGAUCCCAGCUGGCAGCAGGUGUCUGGAAUGUGUCUUUGGCUGACCACAGUAGGGCUAGUUCUCCUGGCACUCCCAGGGUCCAUUAGAACCAAGCGCCCCACACAUAGGGCUACCCCCACAGGAGCUGCCUGGCUCCAAGUGACAGUGAACCAGGGCUGCCUUCCUGCUGGUGCCAGUGUGACACCCAGCUGGGUACCAAUGAUCUUCCAAGCUCUGAAGGGCCUUGUCCAAGUGCAGGCUUCUGCUCUGGGCCUUGGCUCAGCUCUGCCAAAUCCCACAGCAGGUGCUCAGCAGAGGGCCUGGAAGUCUCAUGCUU